UCGCGGGCAUCACCUGAUUACCCGCAGAAAGAGACAACAUGGCGAAUGACACAUCGGAGAAGACACCGCUCCUCGACAACGAGGACGAUUCCUCGGAAUACCGGCGCUCCAGGGAGCAGGUCAAGUCCCUCUACCUCAAGGCUAGCUCCCAGAGACCGGGAAUCAUCGGUCCUGAAGACCUGUACUGCAGAAAUACCAUCAACAUCAGCGCCAGUAAUUCGAACUUUCAGGACAUCAAAGAAGCCGAUUACAUAGUGGCGAUCUUUGUGGUAGCAUUCGACACCAGAACAGGUAAUAUCAUAGAAUGGUGUAAGCCAGAAGACAGUGACCUGGAGGGAGUGGAGUUUAAGGCCAUGGCCAGCGGAUCUCACACCAUACUUAAGGACUUCAUCUACUUCAAGAAGGACAACCUGUAUGGUCUGAGUUGUUUUGAGAACAUGCCGGUGGAGAGUGAACUGGAACGUGGAGCGAGGAUGAAGUCUGUGGGCAUCCUGGCCACCUCUUACACCUCCCUCUACAGACACAUGCAGUUCCUGGAGAAUCAAGUCAGACAUCAACUGGAGACGCCGGGAAGGUACGACCAGCUCAAAGCCUUCUGGGAAGACCGGAAAGGCUCCCUUCCCAUGAGCCACCCUGGUCGCAGUCUGGUGUCACCGAUGACAGAGAUCCCCCGUGCUGACAUGAGGAUAACCCAUCCUGCUGGCUGCUUCUCCCAGUUCCUGAAGUUCUUCGGUGAGCAGAUAUUUGUCCUGUGGAAGUACGCUCUACUCAGGAGAAGGAUCCUCUUCUUCUCUCCUCCUCCCAUCGGUGUGGUGUGUUACAGAGUGUACUGUGCCUGUUGUUUAGCCAGACACACCAUUCCUGAGAUCCCUGAGAAACCCCUGAAGCCUCACUUCUACGUCAACAUCGCAGAUAUAGACAGACUUGAGACAGAAGUGUCGUACUUAGCAUGUACGACAGAAAAGAUAUUCCAGGAGAAGAGCCAUCUGUACGACGUGUAUGUGGAUAACCAGAACGUGGAGACCCACAUCCCCAGUCUACAGGACAUGCUCAGACUUAACGACAGCGACAGGGACAAAUACAGCAAGCUUCUGAACCAGAGUGAGGAGGUAUACGCCACCUUGCCCAGGACUGUGUCGGAGGAACUGUACAGCAGGGACAUUGAGGAUGAUGAGGUGGCAGACGAUGAGCAGGUCUUCAUCACGUUCUUCACCGAGCAGAACAACAGAAUUUUCCAGACCCUGUUGGACGUUGCGUCAACGUCGGACCGUACGCUGACCAUGGACCACAUGCGCAGUAUGGGGCUGGACCCCAUCCGCGACCGCCAGUUCGUCAUGGAUCUGGUGGAGCUGCACGGAAUCGACGUGAUGCUCGUCAUCGAUAAUCCAUGCUGUGGAGUCUAAGUAGUCUGACUAGCAUCACGCUUGUAGUGUAGCAUUCUUUCCACUGUUCAAGCCCCUAGCCUGGCUACAUCAUGCUUCUAGCCGCCCUUCCACUGGUCAGGCCACUAGCCUGACUAUAUCAUGCUUCGAAUUCUAGCAGCCCCUUCACUGGUCCUGGUUUUAGCCUGACUACAUGUAUAUUGCGCUUCUAGCAGCCCUUCCACUGGUCAGGCCCCUAGUCUGACUACAUCACACUUCUAGCAGCCCUUCCACUGGU